AUGUCCCGCCAAUCAGGCUACGACCGCCAUAUUACGAUCUUCAGUCCUGAGGGGCGUUUGUAUCAGGUCGAAUAUGCUUUCAAGGCUGUGAAGACAUCAGGUCUAACGUGUCUCGCAUUGAAGGGGAAGAAUACGGUUGCUGUAGUUGGUCAAAAAAAGAUUCCGGAUAAGCUCCAGGAUGGGUCCUUCACCAACUCCAUAUACCGCAUCACCUCCAAUCUUGGAGUUGUCAUCGCCGGUAUGCCAGCUGACGCUCGGGCUCUCGUCAAUAGGGCUCGUCAGACCGCUUCUGAAUAUGAGGAUAAGAAUGGUUGCGAGAUUCCUUGCCACUAUCUCGCCAAGAAGAUCGCCAACUUGGCCCAGGUCUACACUCAACAUGCCUACAUGCGUCCAUAUGGCGUCAUUGCUCUGUUCUUCGGCAUCGACGAUGAGUUCGGUCCUCAGCUUUUGAAGGUAGACCCUGCGGGACACUAUGUAGGGUGUAAGGCUGCUGCAGCCGGCUCUAAGGAGCAGGAGGCCACGAAUGCACUGGAGAAGAUAGUCCGCAAAAGAAUGGACUCAGGCGCGACUGAGGGCUUUGAUGAGACAGAAACCGUUGAAGAGGCUAUCGCGGCUUUGCAGACGGUUUUAUCGGCUGAUUUCAAGCCCAGCGACAUCGAGGUUUGCGUCAUGAGUACCCGAGAUACCAGAUUCAGGAAACUCAAUCCAUCAGAAAUUGAUGAACAUCUGAAUGCGAUCGCCGAGAAAGACUAA